AUGUGACGCCAUUCUUGAGAAGCCUUCCCUAUCAGUGUGUGUGUGUGUGUGUGUGUGUGUGUGUUGGCGGGCUGUCCCCCCCGCUUCACUUCACAUCUGGCCCGACAGAUGUUGCUUGCUCGCCGUCGUGCUUCCGCGCUGUCAUUGUUUCCGCUUCCAGCUCACAGAGGCUCGUCCAUUCGUUCUCCGUUUGAGUCUCGGCGCGGCCGAAGCUCUUCGUCGCAACUUUGACUUUUUCGCCCCAAGUCUGUUCUUUUGUUUCCGCCAUGGGAGACAUCGAAGCUCCCGCAGCGAGGCAGCCGAGUCGCAGCGUGCUGCAGUCGGUCCUCCCAAGCAGAGAGUUCGCCUCCUCCAGGAAAGGAAUGCUGCUCAUCGCUGAAGUGGCGCUGUCCUUCGUAGACUUUGUGUGCUUCGCUGCAUCCAUGGCAGCUGCCUUUGUGACAGUCCCACUGCUGGAGUUCCUGGCUGCUCUCUUCCUGCUCUUUGCCUACUCUACUAAAUUCAACGAGAGGUUUAAAGGUUUCAUAUGGCCUCUCAUGGAUUUCAUGAGAUGUGUGACUGCUGCCAUCAUUUUCUUCAUCAUUUCCAUAAUUGCAGUAUCCAAAUAUGUGGAUGGUUCCUCCAAAGCUGCCGGGGUUUUUGGCUUCAUUGCUACUAUUGCAUUUGCUUUAGAUUUUUAUCUCAUUUUUAAUGAGCUCGCCAAUUUCCUGAAGCAAGGCGGAGAGACCACUGAGGAGCCUUCCAGACAGCAAGAUGAAUUUUCAGACUCUGACUCGGACUGAGAUCGUUCUCUCCUGCAGUUACCAAUUACAACAUUUCUAAUAAUCUACACCAGCAGGAGACAAGGCCUCAGCUGCUGCAUGACACCUUACAAGGCUACAUUCAUACUGUGCGUCAAGGAAGUGACUAAAAUUUCUUGAACAAUUGGGAUAUUUUGGGGUAGUUGAGACCCAAACUUGUAAAUACGUGGUACGUAGAUAAUCCUGUCUGAAUUCAUCGGUCACACCAAAGAGCAGAGAUGUCAUUUUUUUUCCGUAAGAAAAAAAAACACUUUUACUGACCCUCUUGGUAAAGUAUGAAGCAUAAUGCUAAGUUACGUUUUGAACAUUUGAAGGGUUACCAGUUGUUCUUCUAUUUGAUAAAAAAAAUACAUUGAAUUUCAUCUCUUCAUUCAUCUUUAAAUCUGCACUUUUUUUCCAAAUUUGUAUAUCCACACUGAGAAUGGCUUUCAAUUGUUUUGAAAAUGAAGUCUUUAUUUUAAUAAUAAUCAUAAAAGUGAAUUUAUAACAAAACAUUCUUCUAAAUAUUAAUUUAAAUAGAAGUUUGGAUCAAUUAAGAAGUUAAAUUUAAAAUUAGAGUUCAACCAUAUAACCCUAUGUACAGACGUGAUGCAGGUUGGCUGGUUUCAACCAUUAUACAAUUAUGCUUAACUUUACAAGGGUGUAUUUUUGAUUUGUUGACAUCAAUACUGUUGGUGUCAUCUUUUCGGGUUGUUAUGCUAUGUUGUUUAUGUCUCUGAAAUGUCAUGUUUGAGUGUGUGUGAAUGUGAAUUAAUCUACUGUACCGUAUGUGAUCCUUUCAACAUGUUUACAUAUUGGAUAACAGUAAAGUACAGCCACUUAUUAGUUUAGAAGAACUGCCAGUGCCUUCUGUUGCUUUUUUUUUUUUUGUACUGUAUCUUUCAAUUAUUUACUUGUGCUUUUUGUGUCGUACCUUAUACUACCACUACUGAGGAAUUAGAAGCACUAAAAAGCCACAGUGAAUAGUUUCAUAGCACCACAACAGUAAUAACAGUGUUAACUCUACAGAAAUUGGCACUUGUGGCCUUUGGUCAAGCGGAAUUCAUUUGUAGACUAUGAAUUACAAAAUUAUAGGAAGUAAGUAUUAUUUAAAGCUUGUACUUGCAGCCAAUACAUUUCCACUGCAGUGUACUAUCAAUUGGAAAUCUUUUCCAUGAUUUGAUACUGUGGCUUCAGUGUUAAAAAAUGCAAAGAUAUUCCUACCUGUGUGUCCAUUUCUAUUGUAUUUUGUCACUUGAUGUCCUGUGACAAACAGCAGUUAUUUUUUUUAACUAAAAUAAAAGUUGCUUUGUG